AUGUCCAGCCGGAAGCGCAAGGCCAGCGAAGACGACCAGGAUGACCGUAUGUCGGCCUCGCCCACGGCAUCGCCAGCAGUCACCGGUCGCCAGCUCUUCCCCGCCUCACGAUCUACCAAGAGAAGCCGCACCGUCUUCGCCGCUGGUCGUCCGCUUGAUCUGCCUCGUCUUCUCGAGACACUCUCCCCUGACGAAAUGAGGAACCUCCUGCAAAACAUCUGCGACCAGAACCCCGCAAUUGCCCACGAGGUCGUCACCAAGGCUCCUCGUCCCAGUAUCGAGUCGACUCUGUCUGUCCUACAAAAGUACGAGACUACCUUCAAGGAGUCUUUCCCCUUCGGCAACCGCCCCUCUUCCGACUACACCUACAACCGAGUCCGCCAACCCAUGCUGCAGCUCAUCGAAGCUCUCAAAGACUUUACUCCUCACUUCCUGCCUCCAAAUGAACCUCAACCUACACUCUCGCUCCAGUAUCUCGAUGCCGUCACUCAGAUCAUCCAUCGCCUCCCCACAUGGGACACCUUCCAACACAACCAUGCAAAAUUUGAAGCAUACGACGAACUCGCUCAGGCCUGGGCUCUGGCCAUUCGUGAAAGUGCCAAGAGAGGCGGUGGUUUCCACUUGCAAUAUGCCGGUUGGGACCAGAAGCUUCUCAAGCACAACGAAGAGUCUGGCGGUAGACUGCAAGACGCUGUCAACGAACUGCGUGCCAACGUCACCUAUCUGACCGGUGCUACUGCUGGCAGCACCACUCCCUCCAACUUUGACGAGCGUGCUGCUAUCAGACAGCAAAUCCUGUCCGGUACCUAUGGUCCCGAUGUCUCUGUCGGCGUCGGACGUUGGUGA